AUGGCCUCAGCAUGGCUUCUCCUGGCGUUCUCCUUAGCCGCCGCCCAGAGUUUUGAUCAGCUCACACCCGGAGUGUUGGAGCCCGCGCUGGAGCUGCCCCAGCUGCCCAAGACCAACUCCACUCUCAACCUGACCUGCUUCGGUUGGCGGCUCUUGGCCCCGGAGCUGAUCCUCACCUCCGGCGGCGCGCUGCACUUCGGGGAGCGGAUCACGGAGGAGGAGCUCCUCAGCAUCCGCCACGUCUCAGCUGACCUCAUCGUCACAGACGACUGGUUUCUUACGAAUUUGGACUUGCUCGCUGGUCUGGAAAGUGUAGGGGGCAAUGUGGAGAUCCGCUGGAACGAGCGGCUGCGAGACAUCUCCGGGCUCUCGAACAUCCGCGUCAUCGGGGGCACCAUGAACAUCAUGUUCAACCCCUCCCUGAGCGACAUGCCGGGCUUCACGCAGCUCGAGGUGGUGGGCAGGAGCCUGAAGAUCCUCCACAACACCGCCCUGGUGAGCAUCACAGGCUUCCCUGCGCUGGCGCGCAUCGGCCGAGACUUCACCCUGAUCGGCAACGAGAAGCUCCUGAGCGCGCCCCGCAUGCCGAGCCUGCGCGCAGUAGACGGCAGCAUCGAGGUCGUCUACAACAGGGCCCUGCACAGCUUGGAUGACAUGGUCGUCGCCUUGGAGAGGGUCGAAGGGAACUUCAUCAUCAAGGACGCCUCCUGA